ACUAAUAUUGCAGUUGGACAUGAUGCAGAAUCAGGUUCAGAUGACGAGUCUAGUGUUAAAGACGAUAAGUUUCAAAGAGGGAGAAACUAUUCUCAACCGGGCGCUGUUAUUCUUAGAGCAGCAGGGGGAUAG